CGUGGGCAGCCCCCCACACGCGUACAGCACAGCGUUCCUGUUCGCAAUCCAAACAAGACGGGAAUUUUGGCACGCGCUCAACUCAGUCCAUACCCCAUUUUACUUCCUUUGGAAGACCUAACUGCAUUGCGUAUUACUAUUUGGGAUUUACGGCUCACGGUUUUCGAUAUUUCGGAGCACAAGAUUACCUGGCAAUUGGUAAACAGUAAUCGUCCACGAAGCAGCCAAGGGCGCGACGCUGCACCUUUUCCCGACAAGACGAGUGGCGCAUCGACGGCGACGAUCUCGGUCCACCUUGGACUUGGGCAGUUUCGUCAGACCCAACACUACAUGUGCCGGCUCAGCUCCUAGCGCAUGCCACUAAGCAAAGCCAGCACCAUGAAAGCAACAGUGCCGGUGCCAUGGCCGGGCGGCGGCGGCGUCGUCGCGCAGAACCGGCAUGACCAAUACCAGUACCAACACCAAUACCAAUACCACCAGCAGUCCCAGCAGCAGCAGGCGGCGGCGGCGGCGGCUGCGCGCGCAGCCCACAGCCGCUUCGUCGAGGGCUCCAUGAACGACCGCGUGUCGGCGGUGCCUCCGCCAGACUUCCUCGGCGACGCCGCCGCGUUUGAGCGACAGUUUUACCAACAUACCAGCGACGCGCGCCCGCCGUUGCGCCGGCCGCUAAGCACCAUCGGCCAGUCCGUGCCGCCGCGCAAAGGCAACUUCCUCACGCCGCUGUGGGACGGCGUGCGGGAGAAGCUGCACCUCACAAGAUCCAAGUCGUCCAGCAGCAUCCGCCGCGUGUCGGGCAAGGAAAACAAGGCCGCCCAAGCUCCCGCGCCACUGCCCCUCCAACAAGCGCACGGCAGGGACGAACCCCCAGCACCCGCCGCUCCGGGCGCGGCUCCUAUAUAUCCGAGCCGAGAGGAAGUCAUGGAGAGCUACAAGAGCCUGGUGGCCUCGGGCUUCUUUAAGGACCACGUCACCGUCGGCACGCGCCACCCUCUCAGGACGGGCAACAGCAACGGCGGCAGUGGCGGUCCCCCGGGCGCCGCCGCAACAGCGCUUCCUCCUCGGGGCGCCGCUUCGCGAUCGUUCGCGCAGCACGUGGCGACAAACCAGCACAACUCUACGCCACUCGCCUUCUCGUCGGUCCCGUACGGCUCGACCAAGCAGCCCGGCCCGGGCGACGCGCCGUCGACGACACUGAUGCCGCCGCCGCCGAUCCCGUACGCGCGCGCGCGCGCACCCGCCGCCGCCGCCGAGAUGCCGUCCCCGCAGCGCGGCACCAAGCGCGGCGUGCCCGUCGACGCCGCCACCGGCGAGGACGAGCCCGCCGACACGACGGCCCGCAAGCUCGUCAAGAAGCUGCGCCGGUCCGCGUCGCGCGUGUCGGCCGACCUGUCGACCGCAUACAGCGGCAGCAAUGCGGUAUCGUCAUCGUCGUCACGCCCGUCAUCGUCGUCGCGCCCGUCGUCGUCGUCGCGCCCGUCGACGUCGUCCGACGCGCCCGCGCCCUCGUCGUCUGUGUUCCGCGGCGUCGCCCCUACUGCCCCUUCCGCGCCAGCGCCAGCGCUGGCCACGGCGUCGUCCUUCUACGCCCUCGACAACACCAACAUCGAGGGCAUCAGGCUAGUGCGCACCCCGACCAAGCUGACCAAGCCUAAGCCCGCCCGGCGGCAUAUUCUAGGCCUCGGCAGCCGGAGUCGACAGGCUAGCAUAAGCCGCUCGCCGACCCGGCCACCUCCACCCAUUCCGCCUUCGCAACAGACUUACGAGAUCGCGACUGAUGACGAGCUCGACAUCGACGCCAUGGUCAUCGACUCACCCGAGCGCCCCCCACCAGUACUCCCAAUCCCGCCAGCAGCAAGCUUCCACUACCCGCAGCGCCUGCGCACGCGCCACGACGCCCCGCCGCCCGAGCCGCUGUCCGUCGUCCCGGACCCCAACCGCGGCAUCCCCGCCGUGCCGCAGAUCCCCGCCGGGUUCUAUUCUCGUCCUCGCCGCCGUCCCAGUGGCGGUGGUGCCCGCGUGCAUCAGCAGGCUGUGGCGACUAUUGCGGUCGCGCCGGGUAAGGCGAAGAUGGUCAUGGUUGGCGGGAAUGGGCAUGGGAAUCGUGGUGGGAGUGGGAAUCGUGACUCGGGGCUUGGCGAGGAUGUUGAGAAUGGGAAUGGUUAUCCGAGGCCGUGUUGGUAGCUGGUUCUUUUUUCUUCUCCUGGGUGGUUGGUUGGCUAUGGGCUGGUUUUCGGUUUGGGCUUGUUUCGGUUCGGUGUUUUUUUCCCUUUUUCUCGGGAAGGAGACGGACGAACUGGCGGACCGAGAUGAUGAUAUGAUAUGAUAUGUUGUUACGGUUAU